AUGGCUAUUCUCCUCGCACAUGCUGUAUCGGCAGCCUUGGCUGCACCUCAGCCGCAUCACAGCAAAUGUAAAAAUCCAGGAAUCCGCAAGGAGUGGCGAUCUCUGGGAUUUAAGGGUCAGAAGGCGUAUGUGGAUGCGAUCAAAUGUUUGACCUCUUUGCCUCAUGACCCCAGCCUUAAACCGACCGGCGCAACGCCUGGACUCCCUCCGGUUAGGCCUGGCACUUCACGAUAUGACGACGUUGUAUAUACGCAUAUGGAUGCUACCAACAGCGCUCACUUCACCGGCAUCUUCUUUGCUUGGCAUCGACUCUUCCUGGUUACGGUGGAGAACAUUCUUCGAAAAGAUUGCCAUUAUACCGGAUAUCUUCCCUUUUGGGAUUGGACGCUCGGAGAUUACCACGACAUCAAGCAUUCGUACCUUUUCAACACGAAUCCUGAGGUCGGCUUCGGCGCAUUUCCAGGACCAAAAACAAACUAUACUGUUACCACUGGUGCGUUCCGUAACUUGAUCCGGGGGUAUCCAGCCCCCCACCACGUUCAGAGACACUACAACCUAACUCCAUUCGCGAAGCAAAUUUUCCCGUUCACGUUUAACAACCCGAACCUCCAAGCAAACACCACUCAGACACCUCAGGAAUGGAAGAAGCUUGUAAUUGGUUCCACUGGGAAUUACACGGAUUUCCAAUAUGCAGUCGAUGGUGUGCGGGCGGAAGGUUUGCACAAUGCUGCGCAUCUUAGCAUCGGAGGGGACAUGGCAAAUUUAUCUCACUCACCAAAUGACCCGAUAUUCUUCCUUCUUCACGGCCAACUUGAUCGCCUUUGGGCCGCGUGGCAAGCACACUCCCCUCAUAACAAGCACGCCAUUGGUGGAGGUUUGACACAGGAUCUGUUCAAAUUCGACGCGUACCCGGUCGGAAGGGGCACGUCAGUUACGUUGGAAACAAUCAUUCCUCUUUCGAAUCUUGGGCCCAACACGAAAAUCAAGGAAUUGAUGGACACGACCGACGGCGUCCUAUGCUACAAGUAUGAGUAUUACUGA